AUGGCGGCCUCCAUGGCGCAGGUCUUGCUCGCGGUGGUUCUGUUUGCCGUUGCCGCCGCAGCGGCCGCGUCGGUGGUGGGGGAGGCGGCGGCGGCGGCGCUGCGGGAGUUCAAGCGCAAGCUGGACGACGUGGACGGGCGCCUCUCGAGCUGGGAUGCGGCGGGCGGCGACCCGUGCGGGUGGCCCGGCAUUGCCUGCUCGCCGGCGCUGGAGGUGACCGCCGUGACGCUGCACGGGCUCAACCUCCACGGCGAGCUCUCCGCCGCCGUCUGCGCGCUGCCGCGCCUGGAGGUACUCAACGUGUCCAAGAACGCGCUCUCCGGCGCGCUCCCCGCCGGCCUCUCCGGCUGCCGCGCCCUCCAGGUGCUCGACCUCAGCACCAACUCCUUCCAUGGCAGCAUCCCGCCGGAGCUCUGCGGCCUCCCGUCGCUGCGUCAGCUCUUCCUCAGCGAGAACCUGCUGUCCGGGAAGAUCCCGGCGGCCAUCGGCAACCUCACCGCCCUCGAGGAGCUCGAAAUCUACAGCAACAACCUCACCGGCGAGAUCCCCACCUCCCUCCGCGCGCUCCAGAGCCUCCGCAUCAUCCGCGCCGGGCUCAACGACCUCUCCGGCCCGAUCCCCGUCGAGAUCAGCGAAACCUCACCACAUUGA